AUGAGAACGACGAGCAAAGCGGUCAGUGCGGGGGGGCGACCUCGUUCCAAUGAUUUGCGGGAACAAUUAGGCCGGACUAAUGGCCGUGAUUUGCGAGAGCAAUUAACGGCUAGGUCUAACAGUCCAGAUCUAAGAGAACAGAUAUCCGGACAUCUCAACGGGGCACCUGCCGGGGGAACCGACUUAAGAGAACAGUUAGGACGACCCAACGGCCAAGAUUUGAGAGGGCGUUUGAGCCGGCAGACUUCCCGGAACACUGGGGAAUCCCGCCCAGAAACAAUAGGUAACCGGCCUCCGCCCGGAGAGUUGGAGCAAAUCGUAGUACAAGUAAUCAAUGAGGUUGAGAGGCGAAGGUUUGAGAAUCGAGGUACUAACAACCAGACUGAACCCGUCACGCCAACGGGGGAAGGAACUAUGAAUCCACAAGUCACUGAGCAGGAGGGGCGUAACAGGGAGGAACACCCGACUCUCCGUCGAGAAGACGGCAGGCGUCGAGAGGUCGCUCGAUCUGUAAUGGAUCGCUUGAGCGAUUCCCGUGGAAACCCGCUGCAAAACCCACCUCGCGGAAACCCGGAUCGACCGAAUGGCAAUCGCCAAGAACGUCGGGCCGCGGCCGCCUGGCGGAGAGUGCAGGCCGCGGUAUCCGAGAGUAGCGCCGAAUCCCCGGCAGAACCUAAAUAUCGUCACAGUCAGAUGGAGGGCUUUGAGAAAAGGCUCCAAAAUCUGCAAGAUCAAUUUGAGGGUAAGAUUAGGCCCUCUGUUGAAAAUCUCUUAACUUCCUCGCCCUUUGUGGACGAGAUCAUGGCUUACCGGGCCCCUGCAGACCUAAAGAUCCCGGAGCACGCUACCUUCGACGGGAUGGGCGAUCCACGAGAACAUUUAGUCAGCUACCAGGCCAAAAUGCAAGUUUUAGGGGUGGAGGAGCCACUCAUGUGUAAGGCCUUUCUGCCUACUCUUAAAGGGCUCGCCCAGAAGUGGUUUUUGGCUUUGCCGAGUCGGUCUAUCCGAUGUUUCAAUGACUUAGCCGAUCGAUUCCUCACUCAUUAUGCUGUGAACAUCAAACCACAGCGCAACCUUACCCACCUGAGUGGAAUCAGUCAAGACGAAGGGGAGGCUUUGAAAACAUACUUAACCCGUUGGCAAAAGGAGGUUCAAACCAUCGAAGGGUUGGAUGAGCAGGUGGCAAUCACUUUCUUCAUGGAAUCGCUCCGUGCGGGUAAGUUAUUUAUUGACCUUCACAAUGAUCGUCCAAAAACCUAUGUGGAAGCUAUGCAAAGAGCCAGUCGUCAGGCAGACACGGAAGAAGCAGUAAGACAAAAGCGGCAGCGAGAAGCUGCCGGGUCCAGUGCUAAGCGAUCACGAUCCGAUACCAGGGGUCGGACGGAAUCUGAGCGCUCCAGUCGCACCGAGGUCCGCCGAGGAGCUGAAAGAGUGGGGGUUCCGCCUCCCCGACCUUCCGUGGCGCAACCCGUGCAUGAGGUCAAAGACACCCUGCCGCCUCCCCCGCCUUUGAAACCUGGAGACCAACCUGAGGUUUUGCCUCCUGGAGGGGUCCCGACAAAGUAUUGCCGAUACCAUCGAUCGACCACACAUACCACUGAGGAAUGCUAUUACCUGAAAAAGGAAAUAGAAGCCAUGAUCCAGAAGGGCGCUCCGCCCCCGCCUAAUCAAUGGAGGCGACCUCCGCGAUCUGAUAAAACGGACUCACGUUCCGAUCGAGGGAAGCAGCCCGCCUCUGAGGAAGAGGAAGCAAAUUGGAAACACAAACCUGUUAUCAAUAUGAUAGUAGGAGGCCCGGAAGGGGGAGAUUCGUCCGGAUCACGGAAAGCUUGGGCUCGGCAAUUAUAUGUGGGAACCAUUUACGGUCGGGACGAUAGUCUAAAGAAGGUAUGUCGAGAACCUAUCCUGUUUACCGAUGAUGACUUACCUCGGAGCCAACAUCCCCACCGGGAUGCUUUGGUUAUCGCCAUGGACGUCCAUGGGACGGCAGUUCGAAGAGUUCUGGUAGACACUGGGAGUAGUGUGAAUAUCCUGUACUUAGAAGUAUUUGAGAGGUUGGGGUUACAACGUAACAAGUUGACACCUAUAAAGACACCUCUGGCCGGUUUCACCGGGGACUCGAUCGAGUCAGAAGGCUCUAUACGCCUACCCGUCGAAAUUGGGACUUUCCCCAAUCUACGAAGUAUAGAUAUGGAGUUUGUGGUGGUUAAUUUAUCCUGCUCUCAUAAUAUGAUUUUGGGGCGACCUGGGCUGGAAGACCUGGGUGCUCUUAUCUCCAUAGAGCACCUUUGCUUGAAGUUUCGGACUCCUAACGGGAUCGGAGUCGCCCGGUGCGAUCAAAAGGCGGCUCGGGAUUGCUAUUUGCAAUCCUGUCGGAAAAUUGGGAAAGAGGAUCUAAGGGUUCAUUCUAUCACUAGUCGAGAAGAACAGACAAAGAACCUCGACCGCCCCGAGCCGGCGGUAGAGUUAGAGGAGGUCGAAAUUGAUCCUGCCCACCCUGAGAGAAGGGUAAGGAUCGGAACAGGUUUGGCUGAGAAAGUCAAACAAGAAAUCACCCUAGAGUUACAAAAAUAUCAGAAGGUAUUCGCCUGGGGACCUGAGGAUAUGCCCGGAGUUGAUCGGUCGGUAAUCUGCCACCGACUAGCAGUCGACCCUAAUCACAAACCUGUUAUCCAAAAGAAGAGGUACCUCUCUGCGGACCGACGUGACUUCGUUAAAAAGGAGGUAGAGACUCUGAUGACCGCCCGACACAUCCGUGAAGUAAAAUAUCCAGAUUGGCUCGCUAACGUGGUGCUUGUACCUAAGCCUCCCGCUUGGCGAAUGUGCGUGGACUACACGGACCUCAAUCAAGCUUGCCCGAAAGAUCCUUUCCCGUUACCCAGGAUCGACCAGCUAGUAGAUGAGACGGCUGGUUGUGAUCUGCUGAGUUUCAUGGACGCCUUUCGGGGGUAUCAUCAAAUCUUCAUGCACCCCGCGAAUGAAGAAAAGACUGCCUUCAUCACCCCGGACGGGGUAUACUGCUACCGAGUGAUGCCCUUUGGGUUAAAAAAUGCCGGAGCCACCUACACUCGGAUGGUAGGUCGUUUAUUCAGAGACUUGUUGGGAAAGUCCAUGGCCGCGUACGUAGACGAUAUGCUUGUGAAAAGCAAGGACGAAGGAACCCAUGCGAAGGAUCUGGCAGCCACUUUCGCCAUAAUGGAGAAAUAUAAUCUGCGUCUAAACCCAAAAAAGUGUGCCUUUGCGGUACGAGGAGGAAAAUUCCUUGGUUAUAUGGUAACUCGGAAAGGAAUCGAGCCCAACCCUGAAAAGGUGAAGGCUAUCCUCGACAUGCAGCCUCCGGGAACCUUAAAAGAAUUGCAAAGGUUAACGGGGCGACUUGCGGCCUUGAACAGAUUCCUGUCCAAAUCCGCGGAUCGAGCCUUACCCUUUUUUGAAGCUAUGAAGAAGAGGGAAGGGUUUCGCUGGACGGAGGAGUGUCAGAAGUCGUUUGAAGAAUUAAAGGAUUAUUUACAGACUCCACCGCUGCUAUCCACCCCGAAAGAAGGUGAGGUGCUGUUCCUCUAUCUAGCCGCCUCUCAGAAGGCUGUCAGCUCCGUGUUAAUCCGAGAAGAAGAACGGGUGGUGUACGCUCUGGUGAUCACAGCCCGGAAGUUAGUACCUUACCUUCAAGCUCAUCCCAUCCGAGUUCUGACUGACCAGCCCCUGGCAGGAGUCUUGCGAAAUCCCAACUCUUCAGGGCGUUUGGUAAAAUGGGCCGUGGAACUCACUCAGUAUGGGAUCGAGUACCACCCCCGCCCCUCGAUAAAAGGCCAAGCCUUAGCUGACUUCAUAGUGGAGUGCACCGCUCAUAGCCCCGAACCUAACACCAAGGCCCCUGAGGAAGGGGAUUGGUGGGAAAUGCACGCUGACGGAGCCGCCAGCCAACAUCACUGUGGAGGAGGAAUCAUGCUGACGACUCCCGAGGGGUUUCGCUUGUACUACUCGCUCACGUACGAGUUUACGGCCUCGAAUAAUGAGGCAGAAUAUGAAGCCGUAAUCGGAGGAUUACGCGUGGCCAGAGCUCUUAAAGUCCAGAAGAUCCGAAUUAAAACCGACUCUCGUCUAGUGGUCGGACAGUUAACCGGAACUUGUGAGACAAAGAAUGAAAGACUCGGGCGAUACAAGAAAGUCACUGAGGGACUUUUAGGUGAAUUCGAGGCUCACGAGUUGGAGCACGUGCCCCGUGCCGAAAAUACCGAAGCUGAUAUCUUGUCCAAAAUGGCCCUAGGCGGAAUACCAGAUCACCUCCUCAGAAUCUGCCAGAAUGAGCGAAUCCUUCUACCCAGCAUAGAACUGAAAAUUAUUCCGGAGGACGUAUGUGUUACGGAGGAACUAGAUCCUGAGGAGCAUCCUGAGGUAUUUUGGAUGGAGGAAAUUCACAAAUAUAAAGAAAAGGGAGACCUUCCCGACAAUCCGGCCGAGGCCGCGAAAGUCCAAAGACGAUCUUCUGCGUAUGUGAUAAUUGAUGGUCACAUGUACAAAAAGUCCUUCGGGGGACCGUUGCUAAGGUGUCUACAUCCCUCUGAAGCGGAUCAAGUUAUAGAAGAAGCACACCGAGGGAUCUGUUCGGCUCACCAAGGGGCUCACACCUUAGCUCGCAAGAUAGUGUUACAAGGAUACUACUGGCCUACUAUGGUCAAGGACUGUAUUGGUCGGGUAGCCCGAUGUACGGUUUGUCAGUCCUUCGCUAAGAAGGACACACGACCAGCCUCCUUCUACACUCCGAUCACGGUAGCUAUUCCAUUUGCUAAGUGGGGAAUCGAUAUUGUCGGACCGUUGCCCCUGGCACCGGGACGAUUGCGCUUUUGUGUGGUGGCUGUGGAUUAUUUAACAAGGCAGUUCGACUGUCGGCCCUUCAGUGAUUUCUGUCAGCAAUAUGGAAUACGACACACUAAGGUCUCAGUGGCCUACCCUCAAGCCAAUGGACAAGUUGAGAACAUCAAUCGAACCAUCGUAGAUGGGAUACGGAGGAAGUUAAGUGACCUGGGAGGAACCUGGGUCGAUGAGCUGGAUCGAGUUCUAUGGGCAUAUCGAACGACUCAUCGAAAAGCGACCGGGGAAACUCCGUUCUCCCUCACUUAUGGCUUCGAAGCCAAAAUACCGGCGGAGAUCACCACUCCGACCCUACGAGUACUGCAGUAUAAUGAUGACGAAAACGAGGAGAGCUUGCAGAUAGAAAAGAACUUCCUUGAGGAAAGGAGGGAUGCAGCGUAUGGACGAAUGGCCGAGUACCAGCAGUCGGUAAAACGCUAUUAUGAUAAAAGAGUCAAGGAGAAAAGGUUCCAAGAAGGAGAUCUGGUCCUGAGAGACCGGGAUGCCAGUCAGCCCAAUCAGGGAGGGAAGUUCGCGGUUAAAUGGGAGGGUCCUUACCGGAUCCGAGAGGUCAUUCGUCCUGGAACUUACCGUUUGGAGACUCAGGAUGGACAGGCUGUUGAGCGGAAAUGGAAUGCGGUGCACUUAAAGAAAUUCUUUCAGUAG